AUGCCAUUACUUGUAUCUCGUUUACCAGAGGGUUGGAAACUACCAUCUGUAUUAUCAAUGUUAGUCGCAUUAGCCAAUAUAUUCGCAUUUAUCAUUGCUUUUAUUAAAUGGCGUCGAAAAAGUUUGAAUGAAAUUCCAUUAAUUUAUAUAGUUUUUCUCGUCUCAUUUGUAUCGUGUGUUCUUCUAGUUUUUACCUGGUCUAAAACUGUAUUCAUUAAAAGUUCUUAUCUAUCUGUACCAUUGUAUAUAUUGGUAUUUUUUAUGUCGUCUUGUGCUAUAUUAUGCAAUGUUACAUUUUUACCUUAUAUUCAUCGUCUGUCUGAUACAGCAUCAUUCAAUGUUUUCUUUAUCGGACAAUCGUUUACUUCAUUGAUACCGGCCAUAUUUACAACUAUUCAAGGAAUAUCAAAAACUCAAUCAUGUACUAAUAAUCAAACAAAUCAGUUAAUACAAUCGUUGGAAAAUUUUACGCCAAAACCUAUUCCUUUAAAAGUUCAUCGUUUAUCAUUUGAAAGCAGUAUUAUUCUUUGUAUUAUUAUUACGAGUCUCAGUUUUUCAUCGUUUUUAUACAUGGAACGAAAACGUGUUAAUAAAAAACCACCAUCUGAACCAACAAAAAUAAUGUCAUCAAAUAUUGAAGAAGAUACAGAAGUUAAAACGGAUUUAUUACUACCAGACACAGGUGAUGUUACGAAAGAAGUGAUAGAUAAACCUGAAACUCCAUUAUCAGAAAUUCAAAUUCACAUUCUUUACGGUUUAACAUUUAUUUGUGGAUUUUUGCUGUUUGGAGUCAUUCCAGGAAUUGGUUCAUAUGCAUUUUUACCGUACGGAAAUGCAACCUAUUUCUGGGCGAGUAUUCUAAAUUUACUUGCAUCUCCCAUUGCUUGUUUAUUAUCGUUUAUCUUUACCCGCAUUCGAUAUUCAAUUUUGCUCAUUAUUAGUCUAAUUGCCUAUUCAUGUUGUGCUUAUGUUAUUAUUAUGGCAGCUCAGAGUCCAUGUAGUUUUCUUCACAAGAAGUUAAUCGGUACCAUUAUUGUGAUAUUUGUAUCACAUAUGGCAAUAUUAUUAAUGAUAUUUGUCCGGAAUACAAUUGCAUCUGUUUUGCGUACAACGAAGCAUGUGAAUGAUGCCGUAUUUUGGUUUGGAGUUGUAAUGCAAUUAGGAGCGGUAUUUGGCGCAACAAUCUUACUCUUACUUAUCAAUGUUUUUCGUAAACUAAAAGCUCGUGAUCCGUGUAAAAACGAAUGUAGAUAA